GGCCGUCCUACAGGUGAGGGAGACACAUGCUGGUGCUGCGGGGACUCGUGCGUCUGUAGGUGUUUUUGUCACUCUUGUGGUGUGUUGACUGUUGAGAGGAGCAUCCAAGUGGCCUCUCCCAGGCAGUGACUAGAGUUUUAGAGUGCAUGUUCUGCUGUGACCAAGGAACUGUGGCCCUCAGGACGGGUUGAAAUGCAGGAAAAAUGCAUGACUGAAACACUUAAGAAAUAAACUGUUGUGUAUAAGGAGGGAGGAGGGAGACGUGUUUGAAGUAUUUACGAAUAGUGUGAGGUGGGAGAGACGUUAUACCUGUGCUUGGUGUGUCAGAACUAAUGACCGAUUCCUUGCGUGAGUGACCAUUGCUAAAUAACGGUAUAGUAAGGCUCCUAACUACUACCAGUACCAAUUAAGAUCAACAUUAACGUGAACCAAGCCAAGAAAAGGAGAAUAGUGCAGUAAACAAACUUAUACAUAAAGGAUAUAACAGAUAGCGCAGAGGUUCGACUGGUUGCUCUCAAGGCGACCUCACAGGAUCCCAAUAAAUCCCUCUGUUUAGCUCAAGGUUGUCAGUUGUGUUAGACUGAAGUACACCAGCUCUAACAGUCCCCUGUACCAGAGCUGCUCUUUAGUCACCAGCAUGGAAGGACAUUACUGGUUCCAGGGAGUAAGAGACCGAUACUCUGGGAUAACUGUAUCUUCCAGUGAGGAGCCUGUCACUGCGCGGGAUCUUGAACAGAUGCUACAAGCUUCCCUUGAUCAAUGGAGGAAGGAGAGGGUGCGAGGAGUGUGGUUCAGAGUGGACCUUCGACAUGCAGACUGGGUACCGGUACUGGCGAAGCAUGGGUUCACCUACCACCAUGCCAAGACAGACUUUGUAAUGAUGGUGCGGUGGCUGCCAGUGAAUGAACCAAACAAUAUUCCCAGGUAUGCACACACUCUGAUUGGAGUCGGCGCCUUUGUAGUGAAUGACAAGGAUGAACUGCUGGUGGUGCAAGAGAGGUUUUACUCCAGGCCUCACUGGAAACUUCCUGGAGGCUAUGUAGAAAUCAAUGAAGACUUGGGUGCAGCAGCUGUCCGGGAAGUGAAGGAGGAGACAGGCAUUGAGGCAGAGUUUGUCUCCUUGGUAGCUUUUCGUCAUGUUCACAAUGCUGCGUUUCACUGCUCAGACAUGUACUUCAUUGUGCACAUGCGGCCCAUCACCAACCAGAUUGUGAUGUGUAAGAAGGAGCUGUCGGCUUGUGAGUGGAUGAAGAUUGAGAGGUACAUAAACAGUCCAAAAGUGAACAAAAUGAACAGGUUCUUUGCCAAGCAGUACCUGGAGUCUUGCAGGAAGGGAGUGCAGCUUCAGGCUUCUCCUAUGUACCAUCCCUGGGUCAAGAGAAAUAUAAUGGUGUACAGCAUCGGUCAUGAGCUUCAUCCAGAGAGUAACAGUGAUGAAGUGCAGGCUCCUGGUGAAGGUCCCUCUGCUUGCAAUGGAGACCCCAAGCUUUAGUGAUUUACUGUACUUGACUUUUAGCAUGUAUUUGCACCUACAAGAAUAUCUGCACACAUUACUUAUUGAACAGUUGAUGAUACAUGACUUGCCUUGGCAAUAUAUGGUGCAAUUAUUUACAUGAAUGACAAAAUGGUUACCAAUUACUCAGAUAUAGGUCAGUUGCCAUCAAAUUGGGCAUUAAAGUGUUUAUAAUGUAUUUUAUAUGUAAAAACUAUUGACCUCUAAUUAAUUUAGAUUUUUACAAGAGAUGUAGAUGUAGGCAUUUGGAGGCCCAAGGUCUUACUGUUGUUUGCCAUCCCCAUUUGCAUACAAUGCUAGCAAUGUAAUAAAGGAGAGUAACUUGGGAUACUCACCAACCAGGGGAGUGAAAGCCUUAGCCUUAAGUCUUAAUGGGGCAUAAUCUGGCAGCUUGUCAAGCUGUGAGAUUUACUUUUGUGAUGUAUUAAUUUGUUCCUAGGCCUCUUCAUGACUUUGUCCCACGUUUUUUACCUACAGAAAUACUGACUUUUUACCUUCCACUUGAGAUAUUUACUUCACCCAGUCAUUCUCCACCUUUCUCCAUGUGGCCAGCCACUAACUAUUACGUACAAAUAGAAGGUAUUAUGGAGUCACCAGGUUGAGUUUUACCAUUCAUGCCUAUUUUUCACUUGUAUUAAAGCUUUAUAUAUUUCAUUACCAGUUUAUAAGUAAAGUUUUAUAUGUAUCACUGUUAGAAAUAGUAUAAGAAUUAUGCGACACACUUGUGCAGUAAAGACUUGUGAUGAUUUAAUAACUUGUAACAGAUCACUAGUUUUACUCAGUUAAUGGUGCUUUUAUCAUUUAGCAUGCAGAGGAUAUUGUACAAACUAUUUUAUAUACCACUAUGCAUAUUAUACAUAACGAAAAUAACUGCAAUGUAUCAUUGCUUCCUGAAGGAAUGUAACUUUCUACCUUUCUCUAUAUCAUAUAAAGUUUAUUGACAUCUUA